AUGUCUGAAUUUCCUUCUUAUCUCAAACCUGGUCUUGCGCCAAUGAAAGAGCCAGCGACACCACUUCCCGUUAUAUUAUGUCUCCAUGGAGGAGGUGCCAACACCACAGUCUACAACAUUCAAGCAAUGCGAAUCCAGAGACUUCUUUGCGAUACGUUUAAACUUAUUUUCGUCGAAGGACCUUUGACCACCUCGGCCGGCGCGGGAAUAUUACCAGUGUUCGACGGCUGUGGGCCGUUCCACCGAUGGUUCAGACCUGGAAAGGACGAUAAUGUUCUGCCACCGCCGACUAAAGCACGGGUUGAGAGCGCACUGGAAUUUCUCGAAUCAGAACGAAAAGCAGGCAAUCUCGGAAAAGUCGUGGGAUUUAUGGGGUUCAGUCAAGGUGCAAAGCUAGGGGCUGGCUUGAUAUGGGAACAGAUGAUGAAAGGUGCGGAAAGUGGAUGGGAUUUCAAAUUUGGAGUUAUGUGCAACGCCAUCGCCCCGCCUAUGUGUGAAAUCAAGGAAGAGGAUAAGGUUCGCAGAAUCACCAUACCUACAUUGCACGUAGUGGGAGAAGAGGACCCGUGGAGGGACUCCAGCCGCAAGUUGUUCAACGAAUAUUUCGACACCGAAAUUUCAAAAAAGCUAGAAUUUCCAAUUGGACAUCGGUUACCGACUUCUGAGGACGAGACUAAGAAGAUUACCGAUGAAAUAUUCAGAAUGUGGGCCAGCUGUAAAGAGGAUGAAGUGGAAGAGGUGAAAGGGAAAGACGCGGUAGAUGUUGCUGCUGUUCAAAUAGCAGAGCUUUCCGUUUAA